AUCUGUGCCACGAGAGGGACAAAGAGAGCUGUAGCAGGUGACUAUAAAGAAGUGAAAGUAACCGAGGUGAAGGGAGAGACGCCAUUUCCUUUAAACUGCUUUAAACUGCUGUCUGUUUUUCGAGGCUGUUCUAUGAUGAGUUCCCUCACUUGUAAAAGAUGCUGGAUUGCCACUUUGACUGUAGUGACUCUGAUGGUGUUAAUCAGAAUUAUAUACUCUCUGAGACCCUCUGAUAAGUGCUAUGCUAAAGCAGCAGUGGCAUCGGAUGCCGGGACUUGCUCUGAGAUUGGGAGGGACAUCUUGGGGCGUAAAGGUUCAGUAGUUGAUGCUGCUAUCGCUACUAUGCUGUGUGUGAGCCUGGUUAAUGCUCAAAGCAUGGGCAUCGGCGGAGGAGCAGUUUUCACUAUAUAUAAUGCAUCAACAGGAAAGGUAGAGACAAUUAAUGCAAGAGAAACUGCUCCACUGAGUGCUUCACAGGACAUGUUUGGAGAACAUCCAGAGAAUGCAAAAGCAGGAUUAUUUAUAGGUACACCAGGACUGCUGCGUGGGAUUGAGUUAGCACACAAAAGACAUGGGAGACUGAAAUGGAAGGAGCUGUUUGAGCCCAGUAUAAAGCUGGCACGAAAGGGAUUUCAGAUUGGCAAGGCCUUAUCCUUAGCCAUUAAUGAGACUAGUGGCACAAUUCUGAAUAAUGCAGCAUUGUGUAAAGUCUUUUGUGGCUCGGACAACAAAAGAAUCUUAAGGGAAAAGGAUACAAUAAGAUUUCUCCAACUAGCUCACACUUAUGAGAAGAUAGCAGAAGAAGGACCAGAUGCAUUUUACGAAGGGUCACUGACUCAGGAUAUACUGAAUGAUAUCAAGGCUGCAGGAGGGAUAAUAACGCGUGAGGACCUGAUGAAUUAUAAGGCAGAGCUGAAUGAGUAUGCAUUAAACUUCACUGUGGGGAAUUACACAUUUCAUGUUCCUGAUGCUCCAUUCGGUGGACCUGUGCUCGCUCUGAUACUCAACAUACUCAAAGGUUACAACAUCUCAAAAAGCAGUGUUUCCACAACAAAGAACAAGACUUUGACCUAUCAUCGCAUGAUAGAGGCUUUCCGCUUCGCUGAUGUCCAAAAGGGUAAACUAGGAGACCCACUGCAUGAAGACCUCACUGAGAUUGUCAAAGAUAUGACCUCUGAGAGCCUUGCAAACAAGAUCAGGAGUAAGAUCAAAGAUGACAUCAAACAAAUCAGCUACUUUGAGCAGGAGGACAGCGAUGGUGUACCCUUUGAUCAUGGCACGUCUCACCUGUCUGUCCUUGCUGAAGAUGGGAGUGCAGUGGCCGUCACCAGCAGUAUCAAUAACUAUUUUGGUUCUGGAGUGAUGUCAGACUCAACAGGCAUUAUAUUUAAUGACCAAAUGUGGGAUUUCAUUGAUCCUGAGAUGAUAAGUGGACCUGGCCCAAACAACUUAAUUAAACCAGGUAAAAGGCCACUUUCGUCAAUGUGUCCCACAAUCAUAGUGGACAAACACAACGGAAAGGUCAAAAUGGCGGUCGGAGGAGCAGGUGGAACCAAUAUCACCACAUCAGUUGCUCAGGUGAUCCUGAACUAUCUUUUCUUUGGCUAUGACCUGCAGAAAGCUGUUGAAGAGCCCAGAGUUCAGAUCACAAUAAAUGAGACAAAUGUCGAAAAAGACUUUGAUAAGAGUGUAAUUGAUGGGCUGAGGCUGAAGAAUCAUAUUAUAUAUCACAAUACUGCAUUAUCAGUGGUCCAGGCAAUUGGACGAGAGGGGGACAAAAUCUGUGCUGAAUCUGACCACAGGAAUUACGGCUAUCCCGCUGGAUACUGAUGCUGCUGUUGUCUAAUGCAGCAAAAGAAAAACCUCCAAAAUAGUGUUUCGGGGUGUUUCAUGGUGUUUCUGAUUUCUGGCACAUUUGGUUAGAUUUAGGGGCUAAAAUUGCAUAAAUACAUACAAUAUAAUUCAUAUUAUAUGUAUUUAUGUGUUGGUCGGAGGAGCAGAUGGAACCAAUAUCACCACAUCAGUUGCUCAGGUCCACAAAAAAAUGAAAAUCUGAAGAUGAAAAAACAUGUAAAUACAUUUAACACAGUGGUCUUAAAUACAAUUCCUGGUGGCCACUCUGCACAGUUUAGCUACAGCCCACACCUGGGCUGUAUGUGAAAUGGCCAUUUUUAAGUGACGUCUGAAACCAUAGUGGAUGUUCUCUUCAAUGCACCGCAUAUUGAGUUUGAGGUAGGAGUUAGGACAAUUCAAAGAAUAUAUAACUAGAUGCCUCUGUUUCUAUGAGCUGAGAUACGUAAGCCGUCUGCCAUAUUAUUUUGAUUCGACAUUAUUUACCAUAGGAGUCACUGAACAUUUAAAAAGAUGCUACAGUUCUGUGUGAACCUACAGUAUGGUGAAUGACUUCAAAUACACCGCUCCGACAUGGCGGUUCAGUGAGGCUUCUAGUAUGUAUAUUAGGGCCGAAGAUGGACGGGGAUCCCUAAGAGGAAAACAUGAUUUUAAAUUUUUUUAUAGUAGCGGACAGCAAUUUCUGCAGAGGGGAAUAAUAUAGAACAUUCCACCCCCCCCCCCCAAAAUUGCUGAAUGGCUAAAUGAGAAAACAUUUCACUCUAAUAUUUGUAUAUAAUAAUGCAGUGUUAAUGUGCUGGUAUCUUAAGGACUGCCGUGGAUAUUUGACUAAUGAAGUAUGUGAUAUUCUUUAUAUUCUGUGUGCUGGUCAGAUCACUCUGACAGAAAUUAUUAUUUUUCAAUGUGUUUUAAUAGUUUUAAUAAAAUCUGUACUUAUGUCUUUUCAAAAUAAAUGAAAAGAAACCAA